AGGAACGAGUCAGUUAAAAUUGAGAAGACAUCAUUAUAUGACAGAAUAAAUUCCAUCGAUCCAUUCUUGUAAUUUAUCUCAAUAUUCACUUCAUAAAUCCAAAAUCUCAGGUCCCAGCUCAUGAACUAUUUUGUUUAUUGUUAUUUUGGGUUCCAUUUAUUUGAAUAGUGUAAACAAGAAAGAGAAGUGAAUUUUUGUCUUUCUUUCUUGUUUAAUGUCAAGAAAAUUUUAAAUGGAGUUAGGGCCCUUUAAUUCUGAUUCAAAAUCAGAACCAGACAGUUCAUCACUGCCAUGGCAAGACAUGUUCCGAUCUGCAUCCAGUAGGAAACCGGAAACUAACGACGCGCCUCCUCCAAAACCCCACGCGCCACCACCACAAGAUGGAGCCAAUUCUCUCUCCUAUGAUCCUCAGGUACGUCUUGCCCUCUACAUAGCCAUGGCCCACGCAGGCCUUGCCUUUACAGUAUUUGUUCUCUAUGGAGUCUGCAAACUUCUUGAGGAUUUUUUGAGGCCAAUUUUAUGGGCUGUGAUCUGUUCAAUCCCAUUAAGAGGCAUUCAACAGACCCUCGUUGGAUUUUGGUCCAAGCCACUAAGGUUAGGGCUCACAGAGACCACAUUGGCUGUCCCUGUGGCUAUAUUCAGAAUCUUUGUUGGGACUCUUGUAGAGAUUAAAGAAAUGAUGCUUCGGAUUGUUCUUAGAAAGAAGAAAUCCAAUAUUACGAGGAGGGAAAAGAGUGGGUUUUACAAGUUGUUGAGGUGGCUUGUAUCCUUUUGGGUAUUUGUGAUGGUUUAUGAACAUAUUGGUAGUUUUGGAUCUAUUUCACUUCUUGCAUUAGGGUUCAUGUUUACAGCUGCUGGGGUGGAGUCAACAAUGAGUACAGUUACGUCGUUGAGGAGUCAAAGCUUUCGCCGGCUCCGGGUGAGUGCAUUUUUCACUAGAGGAAUAUUGAAAAGACUGAAGACUAUAGUUGCUAUAGGGUUGAUUGUAGGAAUUAGUGUGGGAUCCUUGGCUGGCAUGAUUUUCUUUGCGUACAAAAUUGGCGUGGAAGGAAAAGAUGCCGUGUAUGCGCUUAAAUCUCAUGUCGAAGAGAGUAAUUAUGCUGAGAAGAUAGGAUUUAGGAAAUGGAUGAAUGAAAAUGAUGUGCCUGGAAUGGUGGAUACGUACUCGACUAAAUUUUAUGAAACUGUAUCUGAUCAGAUUGAUAGUUUAGCGAUGCAAUACAACAUGACUGAGUUUGUUACGGGGAUCAAACAUUUUAUGAUAACCACCCCAUCAUCAAACUCCUCAGGUAAGUCUACGGCGCUGAUGAACCCUUCUCUGUACACUCAGAAAUUUUUAACCUUGAAAAGGAGGGUCAGGGAGCGCGAGUGGGGGCAAAUAUACACAGAAGUGGAUGGAAUUUUCAGAGAGCUUCUGAUUACUAGAGAGGAUUUGGUUGAGAAGGCUAAAGGGUUUGCCAUUCAAGGAAUGAAUGUGAUGCAGGGUGUAUUAGUUAGCAGUACAUCUGUUCUUGCUGGCAGUGCAAAGCUCAUGUUCUUGAUCAUGAAUUCCAUUGUCUCUGGAGCUGCCGAAUUAUUCAAUUUUCUUUCACAGACGAUGGUUUUCUUUUGGGUUUUGUAUUAUCUAAUCACGUCAGAUUCUGGUGGUGUUACAGAACAGGUGAUGUGUAUGCUGCCCAUGUCACAGUCUGCAAGGACUCGAUGUGUUGAGGUUCUCGACAAAGCUAUUUCCGGUGUUCUUUUAGCAAAUGUCGAGAUUGCUUUCGUUCAUGGAUGUCUGACCUGGCUGCUAUUUAGACUAUUCUCAAUACACUUCUUGUUCAUGUCGACUGUUCUUGCAUUUAUUAGCUCUGUUUUGCCAUUAUUUCCUCCUUGGAUUUCAACAAUUCCAGCUGCUCUGCAACUGGUUUUGGAAGGGAGAUAUAUAUUGGCCAUCUUCUUAUUUGUUAUUCAUCUGGUGCUUUUGGAUUAUGGAACUACUGAAAUUCAAGAGGAUAUUCCUGGCUACAGCGCUUAUCUUACUGGUCUCAGCAUCAUUGGUGGCAUGACAUUGUUCCCGUCUGCAUUGGAGGGAGCAAUAAUGGGGCCACUGAUAACUACUGUUGUAAUAGCUCUCAAGGAUUUGUACGUAGAGUUUGUGUUGGGACAACCAAAGGAGAAAAGUAAUUAGGAUGAUAUUGUUCUGAAAACUUUAAGGAGGAGAUUUGAUCCCGCGCUUGAGCUGAUUUGUUUGAAGAUUGCUGCUGUAAUCAUCUCGGUUUUCCGUUUUUUCAGCAUGGCUUGUUCCAGUGAAAUUUUGUGUUCGUGUCGUGUCCCUUUCAUCCCUCUGUGUAAGUAUUCGUUCGGUUUUUUUAUAGAGAAGUGUAGGAGGAUUGUGCAUUAAUGGCUGUAAAGAAAAAGAGAGAAGUUGUUUAAUUCCAUUGUUACAUUAUCAAAUCAAACUUGCAGCUGCAAAUUAUGAAAUUAUUUAAAUUUAUGUUUACACAGAUGGCCAAUUAUGGUUUAAGAUU